CACUCACCCUCAUUUGUCCCUCACAACCGCACGCUCACACUCUGGCAAGGCUGUCUGCCAGAAAAAAGGCAGCCUCCGUCGCCUCAGAUUUCAUUCCCCCGUGCUCAUAGUACAACCUCAUCAUUUCCAGCUUGCAAAAGGGAGCGGAGGAGAGAGAUAGAGGGAGAGAGAGAGGUGUGUUUAGAGCUGGUUCGCAGGGAGAGAGGUUGCCCUGAAUGCGUUCUGUCUGAUCUUCAGAGGCACCCAGGUGAGCUGUUUCCUCCUGGAAGAUAUGUGUCACAAAGAUGUCAACACGCAGCGGCCAGGGAUCGGACUCGGUCAUCAAGCCCCUGGACACCAUCCCUGAGGACAAGAAGGUCAGGGUGCAGCGCACGCAGAGUGGCUUUGACUCGUUUGAGAAGCCCGCUAGCCAGGUGAAGAGGGUCCACUCCGAGAACAAUGCCUGCAUUAACGCCAAGGGCUCGCCCGCCAGCAAGGAGUCGCCCAAACUGCGCCGCCACUCCAGCCCUAGUUCUCCCACAAGUCCCAAGUUUGGAAAGGCUGAUUCCUAUGAGAAGCUGGAGAAACUGGGAGAGGGUUCAUAUGCUACAGUUUACAAAGGAAAGAGCAAGGUGAAUGGGAAACUGGUCGCUCUGAAGGUGAUUCGUCUGCAAGAGGAGGAAGGGACGCCAUUCACGGCCAUACGAGAAGCAUCUCUUCUGAAAGGCCUGAAGCAUUCCAACAUCGUGCUCCUCCAUGACAUCAUCCACACCAAGGAAACGCUGACUCUGGUGUUUGAAUACGUGCAUACAGACCUGUGUCAGUACAUGGACAAACACCCCGGGGGUCUCCAUCCGGAUAAUGUGAAGCUGUUCCUGUUCCAGUUACUGAGAGGCCUCUCCUACAUCCACCAGAGGUACAUCCUCCACCGCGACCUCAAACCACAGAACCUGCUCAUCAGCGACACUGGAGAGCUCAAACUCGCUGACUUUGGCCUGGCCAGGGCCAAGUCGGUCCCCAGCCAUACCUACUCCAACGAGGUGGUGACCCUCUGGUACCGGCCUCCAGAUGUCCUGCUGGGAUCCACGGACUACUCCACCUGCCUGGACAUGUGGGGAGUGGGCUGCAUUUUCAUUGAGAUGAUCCAAGGGGUGGCUGCCUUUCCAGGGAUGAAGGACAUCCAGGACCAGCUGGAGAGGAUAUUCCUGGUCAUCGGCACCCCCUCAGAGGACAGCUGGCCCGGCGUUACCUCUCUGCCUCACUUCAAACCAGACCGCUUUACAGUUUACAGCGCUAAGAAGCUCAGACAAGCGUGGAAUAAGCUGGGCUACGUGGACCAUGCCGAGGAGUUGGCGAGCAGGUUCCUGCAGUGUUUCCCAAAGAACCGCCUGUCGGCCCAGGCGGCGCUGAACCACGAGUACUUCAGCAACCUUCCUCCGCGGCUCUGGGAGCUGCAGGACAUGUCCUCUAUCUUCACCGGACCAAAUGUUAAGCUGCAGACAGAGAGCGGGGACAGCAUACAGGUGUGUGCACGACAGAACAGCCAUGGCAAGGCGUCCUCUGGCAGCAAGCACUGACCUGAGGCAGCGUCCUGCACGCCGCCACCUGGCAGGUGACUGUUGUAAAAAAGACAAAAUGAAGACAAGAAAUGGAGGAUCCAGACCAACGGAAAAGCCCCUGUUCUUUAUUUAUUAUCUUCACAACAUGCGUGAGUGUGUGUUUGUGUGUGCUGUGUGCAUGAGAAAGAGGCGUAGGUAGGUAUUGAUAUGAAUGCAUGUGUCCAUUAUGAAUGAAGAUUUCAGGCUAUUAUUUGCAAAUCCGAUUUUGUUUACUUUUAUAAGGUUGUUAUCACAGUAUAAACAAAAGGACUUAACUAUUGGUACAUAUUGUGUUUGUGUUUGUAACUUGGCUCCUAUUUAAGAAUGUAUAUUUGUAUGUAUGAUAUACUCAUCUAGAAACUAUAUAAUGGAUUUAAUAUCGCUUCAUCUUCCCACCACUAUUUGGCUCAUGCCAAAACGCCACCAAUACAUAAGAGGAGACAUGUGUUUAAGUUCUGCUGGAAAACAACUAUUGGGUCGCUGGACUAAAGAAGAAUACUCAAGAGUUGCAUUUCAACUUCAUUACCAGGUUCGUGGAACCAAAGACAUUAUUAUAAUAAUAGUAAUAAUCACAAUAGUAAUAAUAAUAAUGGAGGGCUUUCAGGUGGUGCAACACAUCCCUCUGCCGCCAUGUUGCAGGUCCUCGGUUCUUUGGCACGUGAGGAUGGUUGAUGCUAUUUAGGAAGUAGAACUCUGCUGAGGGAUGAACUCAUAUUUUAAUGACGGGACGUGUCAGUUAUUGGGACGGUCCCAGGAUGAGCGUGUGGUUAUGAAGAUAAUAUUACGUAGUGGAACCUUCCCAUAGGCUUACAUUUGGAGAGAGAAAUCUGUAGGUCAAUGGGUAAUGUUUCAGGUCAAUUAUCUUUCCUGUAAUAACGCUUCGAUGGACUUUAUUGAAACCAUUACGUCCAGAAAGUUGCAAAAUUCACAAAUAGCCAAAACCAGAGCUGCUUCCCUUCCCUCAGUAAACAGUCAUUUAUCUAACAGCCCCAGAUUGGCAGGUAGCGUAAGAGGCAACAACCCGUCAUCAACGCCAAAGGUCCGGGGAUUCUGUAGAACAGUAGAACUAUUUGGGCUACAGCUGAUGGGCUUUUGUUUUCUGUGCACACACCAUGAUGCGCAUGGUUUCUAUGAUGGAUACAGUUAAUGGUUUGCAUGUUGUGCUUCAUCGCACUCUGCUUGUAGCAGCAGGGAUUCUGUUCAUCUCUCCAGUCGUGUGCCGCGUUACGACUCUCAGAAGACGCAUCGUAAUGACACAUCCAAGCCUUUCAAACAUCGGUGAUCUCGUGAUGAUUGAUGAUGCUAACGGGGCCACAUAGCUGACAACCGCUGUCAGUGUCUGACAGAGAGGCGUGUGUGUGCUGGUGUGAACGUAUUAAUCACGGGCAAUAGCUACGCAUCGGGCUUCCAUCCAUGCAAACGAGCUAAUGUACAAACGUUAAACACCAAGGUUGUGUGACCUUUUGUUUGUUCCAGCCCACGACAAUCCUCCCCUUGACUUCUAUCUAAUAACGAUUAACAGAUCUGCAAUAUUUCAUUAGAAACAGAUGAUCUAUGUCAAUAGUUUAUCAAUCAAUUGUUAACAUUAAGGUGAAGCGUUUCAUAUCGGACAAAUCAGAAAACGCUUUUCAGUGUGUGUGUGUGUGUGUGUGUGUGUGUGUGUGUGUGUGUGUGUUUGACUCACGCUCUUAUGGGGAGACUUCCCUUUUGCCCUCCAUAUCUUACACCUUCUAAAUGUUUCACAACUUUUUAUGACUAACAUAUGACGUUGUAUCAUCUGCAAAUGAGUUUAUACUGUCCUUCUUUUUGAUGUUUAGUGUGAAAAUAUAUGACGUAUGGUGAUGACUGUGAAGUACCAUCAAUACCAAGGCUUCCUCUUCAUCAUUCAGUUUGAAAUCAACUGAAACAAUAAUAUCGGCCCUGAACUGUUGAUGCGGCUCCAAAUGGGGCGGCACGGAGGAGUGGCAGCUGGAUACUUGUCACACAGUCAUAUCCAUAACGUUGACCUUGCCUGCACCUAUCUGCUACAGUACAGCAAAUCCCUGCAGCGCCUCCAGCUGGUGUUUGCUCUUUGAUUUCACAGAAUGUCAUUUUUUAUCUCUGUUAAUACAUCAUUCCGUUCCAUCCCGGCCAUCCACAGAUAUUAAUAAAUUGUCAAAAUGCCCACUAAAGCUCAGCUGUAGCUGAUAUUAUUUAGUUAGCCAUGUUGAGAGGGUCCGUCCAGGCAGUGUGUGGUACUUUGAUUACCAAUAUUUUUCUAAAGAGCUUCAUUGAAAAGCACUACUGGACCAACACGUGUCAGGUGACACGGCCGGGUGGCUCGGUGCUGGAGGUCAAAGAGGGCAGCUGUAUUUCAACCAAAAAACCAUCAUUGCUGGUAAAAAAACAGCUCGGAUGAAACCGUGGAGACUCGCAUGAAAACACAUUGUGGAAAAAAGGUUUGAUGGAAGAGUCUCAGAAAACAAGCAGACAAUUUAGUGCAAAAAGGAUAUGGAACAUGCAGCAGGUGAAUUAACAUCAUUCAAGCUUGAAGAGAUGAAAUUGAGGUUGAAAUGAAUAACACCAGAUGAGCCAAUAAUUAGCGGACAAGUAAUGGAUAGAAACACAUGUAAAACAAUUUCAGUUGCAUGUGCGUUACGUGUGAUUAGAAACGGCUCGAGUGCUGAAUUUGCAUAUUGGCCGAGUACAUUUUUGCUCAGAAUAAAGACUGGAUUUGUUUUCGUAUCACAAUGUGAGGAUAGAUUAGAGGUGUUCUGGUACCUCCUCCUUCCUCCCAGUACCGAUUUCCAUACAUGAAUUUGAAUACCGCUGGUUUGAUGGUGUAUUGGUGACGUUUUGCCACCGUGCAGCAGCAGCUCUGUGUGGCGCUGACGUUGGAACCAGCUCAGAGUGAAGCGCCUCUCUCACCUUACACCAAUGAUGUACGGAGCAGAGCAGCAAGCCACACAUGUUCCUCUACUUUAUGAAUGUAAGUGGAAUAUCUGAACCUACGCUUUAUAGUACAGAGGGAAUUAGUCACAGAACUCUAAUUCUGUGUUCCAAUCCGGUUUUUCCAACCAGAGGCAACAUAAGUCAUUGUGGCUCGACUCUCCCCAAUAGUGUUGCACUUUAAAGAAAGACGCUUUGCUCUACGUUGCAGCCCAUACGGCUCCUCUUAUGCACUUAGCUAUAUGAGGGCUUGAACUGUACAUACAGUAUAUGUGACCUCUUUUCGCCCGAUGCAAAGGAAUCCAGCCCUUCAGCACAGAUUGAAGCGCUGCACAUCCCCAGGCUGUGGUUGUGGCUGACGGGUGGGUAACGGCAGAAAGCGGCGUGACAGAAGCGGUUUAAUACACGGAGCUGUGUGCACAUUGCCCCGUGUCUUGUGCUUUAGGGAUGCAGACCGUAUUGGCAGCUGGAUCAUUAUUUUCGGCACGUUUCUCCUUGCAUACUUUCGGCGUGGCUCACAUCGCUUUGUUUGCCCCUCAACACUUUCUGGGACUUCGGCCUUGUAGAAAAGAAGAUCUCUUCAAGCUUGAAUGUUCUUCAUGUCUUUCAAUAAAGUUCACGUAGAAGAGAAAUUAGGCAUGAUUUCAAUAAACAUGUCAAAGGGAAAUAUGGAAAACCUCCUUUGAGGUAAAAUAGUGAUGCUUCCUCUCUUCCCUUAAUGCUAUUAAAUAAAUAUCCUAUAUGAAUAAACAUAUGAGGCAUCUAUUUUCAGCAUUGUUUAUUGUGACAUCGGAAGGAAACACACAGGUUUGAUCCAACUUGCUUCCUCGCUGUGCUCAACAAUGAAUCUCUGUUUCUCUCAUCGUCCUUCAUCUUAUUGUCUUUCGUACGCUGCACUGAAACACACAUGGUUUCCCACAGUGAAACAAUAUAGUACACAGUAGAAUAGCUGUUGCGUUAUUUGCUACAACCUGUAUGUAAUGUUAUUAUGGAAGAUGUAAUGUCCUUCUGUAAAUGUUGUUCAAUGUGGUUUUACCUGAAAUAAAAUGUAUUAAUGCUUC